UUGCAAGUCAAGUGCUCUGAGGGCCCAGUGAAGCAGUGACCAGUUGACAAAGAAAACAUCAAAGUCAUGGCCGCGAGAGCUCCGCGCGUGGCCGGCUGGCUGCUGGCAAUCGCCGCGUGGGUCGGCGCAACCCGGGUGUCGGCGGCGGAGGACGACGGGCGCUACGACUUCAUCGUGGUGGGCGCCGGGUCGGCGGGCUGCGCUCUGGCCAGCCGCCUCGCGGAGACCCCCGGGUGGAACAUCCUGCUCGUGGAGGCGGGAGGCGAGGAGCCCGAGUGGUCCAGGGUGCCCGCCUACUGGCGCUUCGCCGCGCGGGCAGCCGGAGGCGUCGACUGGAACUACACCACGGUGCCCGCCCCGGAGGCGUGCGCCGGUUCCGGCUGCGUCUACCCCAGGGGCCGGUGCCUCGGCGGGUCCAGCUCGACCAACGCCAUGUACUACCUGCGCGGCGGCCGGAGGGACUACGACCAGCUGGCGGCGAUGGGCAACGACGGCUGGGGCUACGAGGACGUCCUGCCGUACUUCGUCAGGUCCGAGAGGAACGGCGACCCUCGCCUCGCCUCCACGCGCUACCACGGCUCCGCAGGUCCGCUCAGCGUGCAGAAAUUCCGUUACGAGGACGAAAACGCGAUUUCCCUCCUGCAGGCGCUGGAAGAACUGGGGUUCGCGAGGACCGACCUGAACGGGGAACGCAUCGUGGGGUCCAUGGCGGCUCAGAUGACGAACCGCGACGGUGAGAGACAGAGCGCCAACUCGGCGUUCCUCCGGACCGCGAGGAAGAGGUCGAACCUCCGCGUGCUGACCGACAGCCACGUGUCGCGGGUACUGUUCCGCGACGGGAGCGAAGCGCACGGGAUAGAAUACCUGAGGGGCGGCAACGCGUACCGGGCGUUCGCGAGCAAAGAGGUCGUCAUCUCCGCCGGCUCCAUAGGCUCGCCGCAGAUCCUGCAGCUGUCCGGGAUCGGACCGCGGGAUCUCCUGGACCAGCUCGGGAUCGAAGUGAUCGCGGAUCUUCCCGUCGGUUCGACGCUCCGAGACCACCCAGCGGUCCAGCCGGUGGUGUACAGGUUGAGGAACACCUCGAAACUUCCCGGCAUCGCGGAGCUGUACGACGACUUCCUCGAAUACGUGGGGAGUCGUCAGGGACCUCUGACGGCGGCGGGAACUUCGGAGGUGGUGGCGUUCUGCCCGUCGGAGACCUCCACAGCCGGGGACGAAGAUCCUGAUCUCGAGCUCGUGUUCGAAUCGACGUACAGCGACGGGAACAUAGCCAACUGCUACUACGACCGGAUCACCGCGACGCCCAUCGUCUUGCAGCCGAGGAGUAGAGGCUACGUGAGGAUAAACACCACGGACCCGCUGAGGCCGCCGCUGAUACAGCCCAACUUCCUGCGCGAGGAGGCCGACGUCCAGGUGCUGCUGAGGGGCGUGAACUAUUUACUCGAGCUCCUGGACACGCCGACCCUCCGGAGGCUGGGCUUCGAGGCCGACACGAGUCCCGUGCGAGGCUGCGAGCACCUCGCCUGGGGGACGGAAGGGUACUGGCGCUGCACCUUCAGGGUCACCACCUUCACCGCGUUCCACCCGGUGGCCACCUGCGCCAUGGGGCCCGGGUCGGACCCGGGUGCCGUGGUGGACCCCCUGCUGCGAGUGCACGGCUUCGCCAACCUCAGGGUGGUCGACGCGUCCGUGCUUCCGCUGCUCAUCAGAGGCCACACGAACGCUGCGGCGAUAAUGAUUGGCGAGAAAGGAGCUGACAUCAUUAAAAACAGGUGGUCUUGAAUUAUAAACGCUCCUCGAAAAAUGUAGAAUCAAUAAUGUCGAAAGAAGUCUUUUUUAGAUGCUGCAGAAAUGUUAUAUGAUCGCAACAUGAACUAUACCAAUGAGUAUAGGGACCGGAAAAAAAAUUUUCGCGGGGUUUCAAUGACCCUGCGGGAUGAACUCCGUAGUUCUAUACCUACACUCGGUCAAAUGUCACCCACCAACUCAUUGGCUGCUGUCUUGUGAGACGUCCCAACGUAGCAGCAUGUGAUUCGAUAAAGCUUUUUUGGUCGGGCGUUUCCCAUUGGCCCAGAGUCACCCAGGUGAGUUGUGAGCCAAUGGCAGAGGCAGCACUGAGGUGUAUAACUAUUUUGUAUUUUAGCCUAUCGCGAAAUGAAUUCGCGAAUUUUUCCGGUCUCUACCAAUGAGUGUACCAAUUAAUUUUUU